UCAAGCAGCCCCAACGCGUUCUUACAAUAAAUUACUAUAAAUACCCUCACCUCAUCCACUUAUUCACAAUAUCAACUCCCCUACAACAACUUCAUCAUGUCUGAUCAAUCUCAUCUCAACGGGGCUUACUACGGCCCCUCCAUCCCCCCUCCCGCCAAAAAAUCCCGAUCCUACCACCGCCCUGGUGGCGGUGGGGGAAGCUGCAACCCUUUCUCCUGGUGCUUCAGUUGCAUCUGCGGUUGCGUCUUCAACCUCAUCUGCCAAAUCCUCAUCACCAUCCUAGUCAUCCUCGGCAUCAUCGUACUCGUGUUCUGGCUCAUCUUCCGCCCCAACGCGCCCAAGUUCCACGUCAACGAUGCCACUCUAACUCAAUUCACGUUGUCCCCGGACAACAACACUUUGUACUACAACCUGGCCGUCAACAUGACAUUCCGAAACCCAAACAAGCGGAUUGGGAUAUACUACGAUAAAAUAGAAGCACACGCGGAGUACCGCGAUAAAAGGUUUGAUACGGAGUAUUUGGAAAGGUUUUAUUUGGGACAUAAGGACGAGAAGGACGUGAGCGCGGUGUUUGUAGGACAACAAGUGCUGGCUAGCAAUGAUAUCCGCGAGUUGAGAUCGAAAUAUGAUUCGGAUACAAGUGAGCGGGUUUACGAUAUCGAUUUGAGGUUGAAGCUUAGGGUCCGGUUGAAGGUUUGGUGGGCGAAACCAAAGUUCAAACCGCAGUUUGAGUGCGACUUGAAGGUCCCGUUGACUUCUGGAGGCGUGGGUUCGAACCGUAGGUUUGAAAGGACCAAGUGUGAUUUUGAUUGGUAGAGAUCAUCAUCAUUCACUGAUUUACUGAUUUUAUUCCUUUUUAUGUAUUCUUUUUUAUAUUUUUUGGAGUUUUAUUGAUAUGGUUGAUUCUUGUAUACUGCGGAGUAUAUUUCUGGGUUAUUAUUUUCAUUUUAUGUAUACGUAUACGAUAUUAUUGUUUAUAAAUAAAGGAUAGGUUUAUUUA